AUGGAUGGGGAUGAUUUGUUUGAUGUCUUCGAUGAGAAGCCAAGUUUGCCUCCUCAAAUCCCAUUGAAGAAAGAAUCAAAUGAUUCUGGAAAAAAAAUUGAAGAAAUUGAAGAUGAAUCAAAUGAUCAAUCUAAAAAGAGAUCUGCUUCACCAACUCCAAUUCCUAAUGAAUCAAAAAAGACUAAAAAAGAUAAGAAAUUAGUUGAUAAGAAGGAAAAAUCUGAAGUUGUUCCAUUAGUCGCUGAUUCUUUUGAACAAGAAGCUUCAAGAGAAGUUCAAGCUUCAAGUGGGUUAAUGCCAAAAACAAGUGAAGAAGCAAAAGUUAAACUUUCACAUCAAGUUAGACAUCAAGUUGCUGUUCCUUCAGGUUAUGAUUAUAAACCAAUUGGUGAACAUAAAAGAUCAAAUGAAGCUCGUACAUAUCCAUUCACUUUAGAUCCUUUCCAAGAUACUGCUAUUUCUUGUAUUGAUAGAAGUGAAUCUGUUUUAGUUUCUGCUCAUACUUCUGCUGGUAAAACUGUUGUUGCUGAAUAUGCAAUUGCUCAAUCUUUAGGUGAAAAGCAAAGAGUUAUUUAUACAUCACCAAUCAAAGCUUUAUCAAAUCAAAAAUAUCGUGAAUUAUUAGCUGAAUUUGGUGAUGUUGGUUUAAUGACUGGUGAUGUUACAAUUAAUCCAGAUGCUGGUUGUUUAGUCAUGACUACUGAAAUUUUAAGAUCAAUGUUAUAUAGAGGUUCAGAAGUUAUGAGAGAAGUCGCAUGGGUUAUUUUCGAUGAAGUUCAUUAUAUGAGAGAUAAAGAACGUGGUGUUGUUUGGGAAGAAACAAUCAUCUUAUUACCUGAUAAGGUUCAUUAUGUGUUUUUAUCUGCUACUAUUCCAAAUGCUAUGGAAUUUGCAGAAUGGAUUUGUAAAAUUCAUUCACAACCUUGUCAUGUUGUUUAUACUGAUUUCCGUCCAACUCCAUUACAACAUUAUUUAUUCCCAGCAAAUGGUGAUGGUAUUCAUUUAGUUGUUGAUGAAAAAUCAACAUUUAGAGAGGAAAAUUUCCAAAAAGCUAUGGCUUCAAUUAGUGAUAAACAAGGUGAUGAUCCUAGUGCAGUUGAUAAAAGUAAAGGUAAAAAAGGUCAAACUUUCAAAGGUGGUAAUAAAGAUGGUAAAUCAGAUAUUUAUAAAAUUGUUAAAAUGAUUUGGAUUAAAAAAUAUAAUCCAGUUAUUGUUUUCUCUUUUAGUAAAAGAGAUUGUGAAUCUUUAGCUUUGAAAAUGAGUAAAUUAGAUUUUAAUACAGAGGAAGAAAGAGAUACUCUUACAAAAAUUUUCAAUAAUGCAGUUGAUGUAUUACCAGAAUCUGAUAGAGAAUUACCACAAAUUAAACAUAUCUUACCAUUAUUAAGACGUGGUAUUGGUAUCCAUCAUUCCGGUCUUUUACCAAUCUUAAAAGAAAUUAUUGAAAUUUUAUUCCAAGAAGGUUUAUUAAAAGUUUUAUUUGCUACUGAAACUUUCUCUAUUGGAUUAAAUAUGCCUGCUAAAACUGUUGUUUUCACUUCAGUUCGAAAAUGGGAUGGUAAAGGUUUCCGUUGGGUUUCUGGUGGUGAAUAUAUUCAAAUGUCUGGUCGUGCUGGUCGUCGUGGGUUAGAUGAUCGUGGUAUUGUUAUUAUGAUGAUUGAUGAAAAAAUGGAACCUCAAGUUGCUAAAGGUAUGGUUAAAGGUGAAGCUGAUAGAUUAGAUUCUGCAUUCCAUUUGGGUUAUAAUAUGAUUUUAAAUUUAAUGAGAGUUGAAGGUAUUUCUCCUGAAUUUAUGUUGGAACAUUCAUUCUUCCAAUUCCAAAAUGCUGCAUCAGUUCCUGUAUUGGAAAGAAAAUUAUAUGAAAUUGAAGAACAAUUGAAAACUAUUACAAUUGAAGAUGAAAGUACAGUUCGUGAAUAUUAUGAUUUACGUAAACAAUUGGAUGUUUAUAAUGAAGAUGUUCGUCAUAUUAUUACACAUCCAGCUCAUAUAUUAACCUUUUUACAAGGUGGUAGAUUAUUAAAAAUUCAAAUUGGUGAAUUUGAUUAUGGUUGGGGUGUUGUUGUUGAUUUCCAAAAAAGACAAAAUAAAAGAAAUAAAAGUGAAACUUAUACUGAUCAUCAAUCAUAUAUAGUGAAUGUUUUAGUAAAUACCAUGUUUGCUGAUUCACCAACCAAUUUGAUCAAACCAUUCCAACCAAAUUUCCCAGAAGGUAUUAGACCUGCUAAAGAAGGAGAAAAAUCUAAAAAUGAAGUUUUACCAAUUACAUUAGAAUCAAUUAAAUCUGUUGGUAAUUUAAGAUUAUAUUUACCAAAAGAUAUGAAAUCAAAUCAACAAAAAGAAACUGUUUCCAAGAGUAUAAGUGAAGUUCAACGUCGUUUUCCUGAUGGUAUUCCAUUAUUAGAUCCUGUUGAAAACAUGAAGAUUGAAGAUUCUGAAUUUAAAACAUUAUUAAGAAAAAUUGAAGUUUUAGAAUCAAAAUUAUAUUCAAAUCCAUUAUCUUUAUCACCAAGAUUGAAAACAUUAUAUGAAGAAUAUAGUGCUAAAGUUGCAUUAAAUGAUGAUGCUAAAUCCUUAAAAGACAAAAUCUUAGAAGCACAAGCUGUCAUUCAAUUAGAUGAUUUAAGACAUCGUAAAAGAGUUUUACGUCGUUUAGGAUUCACUACAGCUUCAGAUGUUAUUGAAUUAAAAGGUCGUGUUGCUUGUGAAAUUAGUACAGGUGAUGAGUUAUUAUUAACUGAAAUGAUUUUCAAUGGUAAUUUUAAUGAAAUUACACCAGAACAAAGUGCUGCUUUAUUAUCAUGUUUUGUUUUUCAAGAAAGAUCAAAAGAAACACCAAGAUUAAAACCAGAAUUAGCAGAACCUUUAAAACAAAUGCAAGAAAUGGCAAGUAAAAUUGCUAAAAUUUCUAAAGAAUCUAAAAUUGAAAUUGUGGAAAAAGAUUAUAUUGAAACUUUUAGACCAGAAUUAAUGGAAAUUGUAUUUGCUUGGUGUAAAGGUGCUACUUUUACACAAAUUUGUAAAAUGACUGAUGUUUAUGAAGGUAGUUUGAUUAGAAUGUUUAAAAGAUUAGAAGAAAUGUUAAGACAAUUGGUUGUUGCUGCUAAAACUAUUGGUAAUGUUGCCCUAGAGGAGAAGAUGGAAAAGGCAAUUGAACUUGUCCAUAGAGAUAUUGUUAGUGCUGGUUCAUUGUACUUGUGA